CCCCUAUGUUCAGGGAACACCGCUUCAUACAUACUGUUGUUAGCGACGUAGCCUCUACAGAUUUUCAUUUUUUUAGCAUUUCCAUCUGCAACCACCUCUCCAAACUUUACUUUUUGUCACACCCCGGUCAACGGACGAGUAGCGGUCUGCUGGUUGAGCUCAGUUUGAGUGGUGUGACGGAUCGUAGCUGGUGGCAGUCCUGCGAGGUGAGUUGAAGUCUUUUAGCUUGUUAGCUAAAGAUGCUUCUCACUGAUGGGGGUCGGUUGUUGUGCUAGCGUAGCAUUUGGCUAGCUGCUGUAUAACCUUGCCGGACAGACCAAACGGCGGUCUUUCACGUAGUGGUUUACUCGAGAGGAAAACGUUUUGGUGUAUUUUCGUCUUGUACUAAAAGAAGGUGUGGUGUUUGAGCAGAGGCUACAUUAGCGUUCAGCGAAGCUCAGUUAUUCAUGGAAAAUGUGAAGCUAAGAAGCUAACGGGAAUUAGCUGGCAUGCUGACGAUGUACGGACCGACUUGACAACAUGUCUUUGGCUGUAAGUUUGUUCUUGACAUACACGACUUUAUUUUUGGAUUCGUGUUGUAAAAUAAACAGUCAGUGAAUCAAUGAACUGUAUUUUAACUGAAUUUCGGUCUCUGCUUCACGUUAAUGCGACGUAACCGAUGUUAGCUUGUUAGCGACCUAGCGGUCUUCAUUAGCGAAUCACCAAGAAAAGCCAACAUCUAUACCUGGAUAUAGUUCAAGAUUUAACCACGCUGGAGUAAAGAUAGCGAAUAUGUACGGGACUAAGCAGCCGACGGUGUUGACACGCUGUCAGCUGUUUAGUAGCUUGGUUGUCUUUUCGACAUCUAUCACCCACAAGCGAGGGGACCGUCACUCAGCCAACACGUCCAGCUCAUCUGGAUUUUUAGUCAGCAUACAACACGAGAGACACAAAUCGACAAUCUGUCUCUUUUAGUUAAACAAUCGUGUAGUUUGUAGAUAAUAAGUCCGCCUGCUCGCUACAUAACUUCGAGCUAGGACGACAGACAGACAGCGUCAACCGUCAGAUAAGCGAAAGCGGUGAACGCGCGUCGCCUUCCACAAGCGAACUGACGCGUACGGAAAUUCCACCACCAUUCAUUGUGUGCGGCAUAUUCGCUGCUAAACUCAUGCUAGCAAUACGGACAAGGUUCGCGGCGCCACAUUGUAUCAGCUUUUCUCCAAAGCCACGUUGGAUAGCUAUCCGAUUUUGAGAAUGCUGUGGCAAAGUGAAAAGUAAAAUGUCCAUUCAAGAAGCUGUUUGUAUUGUAAAAGAGUCCUCAAAUCGAGACAAGUGAACAGCGAGGCUGAAGCGAGUUCAGGCGAAUGGUUCGCAUGCGGCGGGUCUGUACCCAAUUCGGUGUUUGGCAGAGAGGGGGAGGGGAUGAGGCAGGGCCACAGCCAUCGACCGAGAGUGAGAGAGAGAGAGAGAGAGCCUGCUUGACUGUAAAGUGUCGACUCUCAGCGAAACGUUUGCUAUUUUUAGCGGGCAAAUUUCACCGUCUUUCACUGCCUGAUGGCUUGUUUCGAGUUUCGGCGAAUAAUAUAUGAAACCGGGUUUGCGACAGACACGAUAUCGGCGACUUAAGACGGUCCGCCCUGACGCUGUUUUCCUGGGUGAGCAGUGAGCAUCAUGUCUGCGCUGCUCAGACCGAGCGAAAUGACGUAUGUUUAGGGAUCAUCAAGAAAUUACUCUUCUCUGCUUUUAUGAACAAAGUGUGCUCAGAGCAAUGUGAGCGGGGUUAAACGGUUGUCAUUAUAUGAUCGAGUGAUAUGUACAUGCCGGAUAGGCACAGGCGCAGUUUAUCCGACCUGCUUUUUCUAUUUUUUUUUAUUUUAUUUUCUGCUUUCAUGCUCAAUGCCUCUCUUUACCAGAAAUACUGCUGGCUAGGUUGUCACAAUUUUUUCUUAAAAGUUUCACAUGUGAUCCGACAGGUGAGCUGUUUGAAAACCUGUCAAGAAUGCAGAAUAACAUUGUCAGCAGCUCAAAAUUCUUGCAACAAUACCUUAAGAAGGUCCAAAAGACAUCAUGCCUUUUAAGUGCAUUAACAAGUGGGACCAUAGACUGUGUAACCAGUAACAAUGUCCAUUUAUACACGUAAAUUAUAUAAAAUAUUUUCUUGAAAGUUCCACAAUAAAAAUAUGACAUCAGCCCUUCUGUAGUGAGCAGAACUAAAGUUUUGACAGAAUAAGAUCAAUUCUAAAGUACUAAACAUCUUGAAGGAUUUAAUUAGUCUGUCAAAACGUAAUGACAACAGAGUAUUCACUAUCUAAAUAUACUUGAGUGUAUGGGUGGGGUGUAAAUAAGUCUUUAACACUGAAAACUUUAUCCAAACCCAUUACUUGUAAGACAGUCCCUAACCAGCCACCACAGCCAUUCUCUUCCAGUGAUAGUAUAACAGCAAGAGUCAUAACAAAUGACUUGUCGUGGUUUCUCCCUAAUUCUUAUUAGUUAAGUUUGUGAUUUUUCAUUUUGUGGAUACAUUGUUAUGCUCUUACCGUGUCUUUAGUGCUUGAUGUGAGUUGGUCUUUAAAAAUGUCACUGUGAAGUGGCUGCAGAGUGGGAGAAGGGUGUCAGCUCAGCUCAAAGCUCUAAAAGCUGUGGACAAACAACAGUAUUUAAGUUGUUUCCUUCAGGCUACAUUGGUGAAAAAUGUUAAGAGAAAUGCUUAACAUUACAUUCAGAACACAGACAUGAAAAAGACUUGACUUAUAAAUAUGUGUUUGUUCCUCUUGACUGGAGUUAGGAGCUUCUAGUGAAAGCCUGUAACAGACGCAACAGUUGCAAUCAAUUCUUCCUUUAUGUGACACUUGUAACAAUAUUUGUUUUAAAAUAAAAUAAAUCUCAGGUGGAGUGGCUAUAACAUUAAAUAGCAAAGGUCCAUGCCUUAAACAUACUUUUCUGAAGCACUUUCAGCUGAGGAAAAGCUGACCUCUUGCUAAUGUCAUCUGUGGAAGUAUUUCUGUCCACUCCUCACUUCUUCUGUCCCUGUAUUACUUCACAAAUAAGUCAUCCUCACUUUCUUCAAGACUGUUUGACUUAAUUAUGUUGUGUGAGUUCACUAACUGAUUCACACCCAACAGACUGUUUACUGUCUAUCUGCCUCUGUCCACCCUAGCCCCUUUGAGUAUGCGUGUACAAUGAAGAGGCGUGUGGAGGACCAGGAACCAAUAUUUGCGCCCCAGCAACAGCAAUCACGCCGCCCCCCAGUUCAAGGAGUUGCAGACAGCUUCCAGCACAGGGCCCUCGCCCAGGCCCCGACUGUGAAAGAGACAGCUGCGGACAACAUGCAGCCAUCUACUGGAAUCCAGUAUUCUCUCCCCCAAGGCUACCAGGUAUGAUAGAGUCAGUGGAAUUUACUUGUACACCACAUAGCAGCAGUUUCGCAUUGGUCUUUGGCAAAUUUUCACAGAGCUUAAAACUCCAAUAGAAUUCCCCUCCACAUCUUAAGAAGAAUCUUACGAAAAUAAAGCAAAAGUAAAUCUGCUAAAAUUUUAUUUACAGUACAAAUUCAAUCUCAGUCAUUUCGGCAAACAAGCUUCAACCAAUACAUUUUCAACAACAAUUGUAUUCUUUUUAUUGCCAUUUUCCAGUGAGUUUCAUGCAAUCAAAAGCUACAGCAAUAGUUAUAUGUCGCUGCUGUAAGUACCGAACCACUGGUUGCCAUUAAAGAUCAAAGUACACGGUUGAAAGUCAAACACAAGUAAGUUCACAGUGUUACCAGCCCAGUACAUUGGAUUGUGACACCGUAUGAAACAUUUUCAGCCCUGUCAUCUGUACAGUUUAAUAAUCUUGGAGCUCUUAUGUUGUCUUUAUACAAAGGUGCCAACAAUGCCUCAGAGCACAAGUGGACAUGGACAUAACAACGCUGCACCUCAUGUUGGUCCCCAUGCACAAAGCCUGGCAGUGCAGUCACAGGGCCCUGCAGUGGUCCAAGGACAUGUCCAUCCACCCGCACCCAUGACAUCAACACAAGGACAGCAGCAGUUUCAGCGGCUGAAGGUACAGUUAUAUCAACAAAUACAGACUCUCAGGUUAGACUAAAAAAGUGAUCUCGUUGUGUUGAUGCAUGAUAGCAUUUAGCUGAUCAAGGAAUCAUACGGUAUCUACUGACUCAAGCAGAUAGGAGAAUGCCAGAUUCCAGGAGGAGGAUCUUAAAGAUCGUUUUUAACUCUUCUCUUUUCAGGUUGAAGAUGCCUUGUCGUAUCUGGAUCAAGUGAAGCUGCAGUUUGGGAACCAGCCCCAAGUUUAUAAUGAUUUUCUUGAUAUUAUGAAAGAGUUCAAGUCACAGAGGUACGUUCUACAUUUAUCACCACUAUCACUGACCAAUGCAUUGAGACUUUGUCCUCUUAGCAUGCUGAUGUUACUGUUAUUAAUUUGCUGUAAUGGAUUAUUUUACUACAGCAUAGACACGCCUGGGGUCAUCAACCGUGUGUCCCAGCUCUUCAAGGGCCACCCAGACCUCAUCAUGGGGUUCAACACUUUUUUGCCACCUGGAUAUAAGAUUGAGGUUCAAACCAACGAUUUAGUGAAUGUGACCACACCGGGUCAGAUCCACUACAUCACUCCUCAUGGGAUUUCUGUUCAGAACAUCCCUGUAAGUGGAGCAUCCAGCCAACCUCCAAGCCACCACCAGCAUCAGAGUCUGCCACAGACUACAACACACACAACCACCACUGUCACUCCACCAGUUCCUGCACAACCUACUCCAAAUAAAACCAGCAAGGUAGAGCAGAGCUUUCUUUAUUGGCUGCUUGUGCCUCAGUGUUCUCAACUUAAAUCCAUGAUGUUUUGUUACUUUUGUCUAGUAAUGAGCUUUGCACACAACAAAUGUUUAUGUGAUGAUUUUAACAACACACUUGUGCUCCACUCUUCAUUCCCAUCAGCCAAUCCAGUCUCCAGCACAUACACCCACCAGCCAGCCAAACCCAUCCAUCCCAUCCUACGCCUCACCACGCUCACCCUCAGUUCAGUCCCACACCCCUGUGAGCAGCACGCCGUCCAGUGCACCACCCCUCCAAAACAACCAGCCCGUGGAGUUCAACCACGCCAUCAAUUAUGUCAACAAGAUCAAGAACCGUUUCCAGGGUCAGCCAGACAUCUACAAGGCCUUCUUGGAAAUCUUGCACACAUACCAGGUCAGACGAUAAGCCCAACUAAAAAAUUAGCACUACAAUAUUAGCAUGCUGUUGGCACUUAACAACAGCAGCAACAAGUGUGUGAGUUUAAUCACCACUGUUUUUUUGUUAUCAUCAAAUUUCCAGAAAGAACAGCGAAAUGCAAAAGAGGCCGGAGGCAACUACACCCCAGCACUGACCGAGCAGGAGGUCUACACACAGGUGGCCAGACUCUUUAAGAACCAGGAGGAUCUUCUCUCAGAGUUUGGACAGUUUCUGCCUGAUGCAAACAGCUCCAUGGUGGGUGUUACCUGUGAAGAACAGAAAAUAUGAAAGUCUCACUGUUUGAAUAAUGGCCCUGUUAUGUUUUAUAAAAAAGACUGAUGACACAGCAGGGGAGUUUAUGCACCAAAAAGCCCCACUGAAAAAAAAGUUGAAGAGUUCUUUUGUUAUAUGUCAUUUUCUUGAUCUUUAGGUCCAUUUUGUUUUAAAGUAGAGGUUUAGCUUUUUUUGCAGCACUGGUAUACAAAUUUUACAGUGUAUUGGGUAUAAAGUAAACAGCAUCUUGCUAGAGACAAGUGCCUUACCAUGUGAUCAGAUAUUGCGUAUUCUUCUGAAAAACCCCUCACCACCUUGUUUCAGUUUACGCUGCUAUAAAAGUUAACCACAUUUAAUCAAAUUGGCUGGUUUACUUCCUGCCAUUCAUGUUGUUGAGUUUCAAAAUGAGAUUCAUAUGUUUUUUUCAGCUGCUGGGCAAGGCCAUACCAGACAGGGCAGAUUCUGUGCGUAAUGAUCAUGGCGGCACAGUGAAGAGACCCCUACUGAACAACAAGCAGAGGCUGAGCCAGAAUGGGCUGACAAUCAGGAGACCUGGUGGAGCGGGUCCCACACCGCCUGUGAAGGUACAAAUCACCCUACAUUGAACACAGUCCGGCAGCAUCUACAGAGAUUUUGAACAAUUUCUACUAAAAAAAUGUAUUUAUCGAGGGUGGGGUACUGAUCAUUUUAUUUUGAAAAAGUAGAAAAUGUGAAAUUAUUUGUUGUUAAAUCCAUUCAAAGGUAUUUUUCUGUUCAACUGGAACCUUCAUCCUAGAACUAAACAUAUGAGGUCUACAAUAAUCAUUAUUUUGUGUCCCCCAUCUGGUCCAGAAGAAACCCAAAAUAAUGGGGAAAGACCAUGGCUUGACUGAAGUCAGCAAACACAGCACCAGCACCGAAACCAUGUUCUUUGAGAAGGUCAGUGUUGUUUUUCAGUGUCAUAACUGAUUAUUUAAACACAGAGGAUAUGAUGAUUUAUUUAAAGGGGUAGUUUGUUAACUUUUCUCCCUCUGUCAUCAUGAAAAUGUGAAUAGGUGAAGAAGGCUCUCCGGAGCUCCGAGGCCUACGACAACUUCUUGCGAUGUCUUUACAUUUUCAACCAGGAAGUGAUCUCCCGUGCUGAGCUGGUCCAGUUGGUCAUCCCAUUUCUUGGGUAAGUUGAAUCACAACAUGGUCUGUCCGUCAUGUAGACUCACAUGCCCACAUUUACAGUCUAUUAUAUAUAGAUUUAGAUAGACUCUUUGGCUGACUGCUGGAUUAUUUCCUUUUUUUAAAAAGUGCUUACUCCAGUCUGAAAGUAUUUGAAUUUCUCAAUCUUUUGAUUUUGUUUUAACACUAAGACAAUUUUGUCAUCACUUGAUUUGUAUUUGAAUGCAGCAUAAAAUUAAUUAUACACUUGUAUAAUUUAUUUAUUGCUACAUUCAAUGUGUUGCCACUGGUAAUGUUGAUUAAUAGAUGCGUAGCCUCACACCAAAUUUCACAUAUAUUGUUUGAUUGACAGAAAAUUCCCAGAGCUUUUUACGUGGUUUAAAAAUUUCCUGGGCUACCGGGAGUCUUGUCACGGGGAAUCGAGCCACGCAGAGAGUUUACCUAAGGAGCGCGCAACAGAGGGCAUCGCCAUGGAGAUCGACUAUGCUUCCUGUAAGAGGCUGGGGUCCAGCUACAGAGCACUGCCAAAGAGCUACCAGCAGCCCAAGUGCACAGGAAGGACGCCGCUGUGUAGAGAGGUGAGUCACUGAAGGAAGUGUGCCUGUUAGAGGUACUUCUGUCGUAACCUCCACUAACUGAGCUACCAAGUACAAUAGUACUCAGAUAUUUAGUGGUGAUAAUAGUCACAGGAGUCGUAGCUGGGUUUGUGUUUAAUUGCUGCAUGAAGGAUAACAUGUUUACAUACACAAUGCAAAGUGAAAAGAGCUUCUGAUAUGAUAUCAGUAAUACUGCAAACAGUUGGUUGUUGAAUGAAGCAGGGAGGAUUUUAGUGUUUUAAAUGGUCAUUAUUCAUUCAUUGCAUCUCAACAAACUUAAAAGCCUUUGGUAGGCGUUUAACCUGGUAAUGAAUUAGAAAAAAAUGAAUACUGAUGAACUGCUGCAGCCAUGUCGGCAAAAUGACUCAAAUCUAAAGUUGCUCACAGAAGCUUUAAACUGAACUGAAUAUCGUGUUGCAGGUUCUGAACGAUACGUGGGUGUCGUUUCCAUCGUGGUCUGAGGAUUCUACAUUUGUUAGCUCCAAGAAAACACAGUAUGAGGAGCACAUUUACAGAUGUGAAGAUGAGCGGUUUGAGGUGAGGAUUAUUCUGUCCACUUGCUCUGAAAAAUAGGGUAAAAAAAUAACAGCAGCUUUUUGCCAGAUUGUGUUUGUUUUGUCAGCACUUUUUCUUUUUCUAAGUUAAAAAAAAAUACAAACUACAAUAAGUAUUUAGAUAUCCAAUAAAACCUUGCCAUUGGCACUACCAAUCACAAUGAGAUACUGUUGUCAAUCAUUGUCUUUAUCUCCUUUAGCUGGAUGUUGUGCUGGAAGCCAACCUGGCCACGAUACGAGCCCUGGAGACAGUGCAGCGGAGGCUUUCUCGCAUGUCAGCAGAGGAGCAGCUGCGCUUCAAGCUAGACAACACAAUGGGGGGCUCCUCAGAGGUCAUUCACCGCAAAGCUAUCCAGAGGAUAUAUGGAGACAAGGCCCAUGACAUUAUUGACGGGCUCAAAAGGAACCCAGCUGUGUCUGUCCCCAUAGUGCUAAAAAGGUGAAUAGUACGAUUUUUUUGUUUAAUCCAGAGCUUUCAGUUUUUUUAUUUAAUAUCUAAGAUUGUGAAGGGUAACCCUCGGGGAUGUUCUCUUUUGUUGCGGCUGUUUCAGAUUAAAAAUGAAAGAGGAAGAGUGGAGAGAAGCUCAGAGAGGCUUCAACAAGAUCUGGCGGGAGCAGAAUGAAAAAUAUUACCUGAAGUCACUCGACCAUCAAGGCAUCAACUUCAAGCAGAAUGACACCAAAGUGUUGCGCUCCAAGACGUUACUGAAUGAAAUAGAGAUGCUGUAUGAUGAUGUAAGGAAACUCGUUCUCUUGAAAGUACUUUGUCUUCUUUUGUGGGGACUUUUGUGAUCAUGUUUGAUUCUGAAUUUACGAUAGUUCAGUCCUUUUUUAUUAUUGUUUUUAUGCUUUAAAGGGAGUUUGACUUACCAGCAUUUUUCAUACAGAAUACAACAAUCUAAUAAAUUGACCCUCUAAAUUCACCUCUUUCUAAUCAUGUCUGUGACUUGUAGCGCCAGGAGCGAGCAUCAGAGGAAACUUCCACACCUCCGCCAAGCGGUCCUCACAUGACGCUGACCUACGAGGACAGCCAAAUCCUGGAGGAUGCGGCUGCUCUGAUAAUCCACCAUGUAAAACGACAGGUGAGCAUUCAGAAAGAAGACAAGUACAAAAUCAAGCAGAUCAUCCACCACUUCAUCCCUGAUCUGCUGUUCGCACGGCGAGGUGAGCUCUCUGACGUGGAAGAGGAGGAAGAUGAGGAGGAAGAAGACAUGGAGAUGGAUCAAGAUGCCCCCAAGAAGCACAACGGCCUGCCAGGAAGCAGCCCGUCGAAAUCCAAACUCCUUUUCAGCAACACAGCGGCUCAGAAGCUGCGGGGCACAGACGAAGCUUAUAACAUGUUCUUCGUGAACAAUAACUGGUAUAUCUUCCUUCGUCUUCACCACAUCCUCUGCUCUCGUCUGCUGAAAAUCUACGAGCAAGCGGAGAAGCAGAUCGAGGAGGACAGCCGUGAGAGGGACAGGGAAAGAGAGAUGCUGGGGCUGAAGAGGGAGAAAAACGAAAAUCCAGCAAUCCAACUCAAGAUGAAAGAGCCAAGUAAGUUUCACUGUUUUCAAGAGAGCAUUUAUUUAGACUCCAGUUCAAAACCACGAAUAAACAUGAUUUAAUUUUCUGUGUUCUGCCUGCAGUGGAUGUGGAUGUGGAGGACUAUUACUCUGUGUUUCUGGAAAUGGUGCGUAAUCUUCUGGAUGGAAACAUGGAGCCAGCUCAGUACGAAGACUCUCUGAGGGAAAUGUUUACUAUCCACGCCUACAUCGCCUUCACCAUGGACAAACUCAUCCAGAGCAUAGUCCGGCAGGUCAGCACAUUCAGCUUCAUAUCUCCUUCAUUUCACUAUGCAUUUUUCUUUUCUUCAUAGUGCAGUUGAAAUCAAAUGCUACUGUUAUUGUGCUUAGCUUUUCUUUCUUUUUCUAUCUUUUUUUUCCUACAAAAUGUCAUUCAUUAGAUUUAAAUGUCUUGUCGCAACAUGCAUUGUGAGCUUGAUGACAUACCUUUUAUGCUAAAACAAAUACUUGCAUAUCAAAAAGACAUACAUUCGAAAAGAAAAGCAAAAAACAUUUUUUUUCAUGGCCCGUUUUAUAAAAAGCUCAUUUUUUGCUUUCGCAGCUCCAGCACCUCGUAACCGAUGAUGUCUGUGCACGAGUAACGGACAUGUACCUGAGUGAAAGUGCCAACAAAGCCACGGGAGGAACACUGUCCACACAGACCUCCAGAGCCGCAGCUGAGGGGGUCUACCAGCGCAAAGCAGAGCAGCUUAUGUCCGAUGAGAACUGCUUCAAGGUAGGUCAAACCUUGAAUGGUCUGUUUCUGUAGUAGGUGGGUCUAAGCUGCUUUGUUUAUGUAACCAUCCCUUCUUGUGUUUGUCUAGUUGAUGUUCAUGAAGAGCAGAGGAUCUGUCAGUCUGGCUGUGGAGCUGCUGGACACAGAAGAGGAAAACUCUGAUGAGCCAGCAGAGGCAGAGGUGAGACUCAGACUAUAUUCAGCUUUAGUUUAUUAGUAAGUGUAUUUUGUGCACCUACAAAGUUACAGCCUGUGUUUGAAUGUGAAGCUCUAUGUUCAUUUUUAUAUUCUGUUCUCAAAAACUAUUCAUCAUCUGCAAAAAAGUGCAUAAAUAGAAAGUUGAGAUUCUUGUGAAUUUGUUCUGCAUUUUUACAAACUUUCCAACCAUCCAAGUCACUGCUGUAUCACAUCAUGCAUUGUCUGCUCUCCGCUGCCUUGUCCUCUACAGAGGUGGUCCGACUAUGUGGACAGAUACCUGAACUCAGAUUCUGCAUCCCCUGUGCUACGUGAGCAUCUUGCCCAGAAGCCGGUAUUCCUGCCCAGGUGAGGCCUCAGCCAUGUCUUCCUCUUAUUUGAACACUUACAGCUUCUGUCCUGAGGCUCUGGUCAGCCAAACAGCUACUCCACUGUUGCAAAGCCAAACCAGCUGCCAAACACCAAUCUGUUUUCACAGACAAACGGUGGCAUUUGCACAAGCCUAACCCAGAAAGUACUCUUCGAUCUCAACAGUUUGUGCUGCAGAGUGCUUUCUUUAUUCCAAACGGGCCCAGAUCUGUGGUUAAUUUUAGAGUUACUCCACAUACAGUGAAGUUCUUUCAGUGCCUGAACACUCUCUUUUAUGUCAAGAGUCUCAUGGGCUGUGAACAUGACUUUGGUUUCUGACUUAUGCCUCACAUGGAAGUUUGCACUUUAUAUGGCCGCCUUUUAGAAAAAAAUAAUGGAGGUUAUUUAUUCAGUGAUUCAGUUCCUUUUUAAUAGGAAUUUAUUUAUUGUAGUUGUUAUGGUAAAGUUUUAAAUGGUUUUCAGCUUGAUCAUGGGUUUUAAUUUCGACUUCGGCAGACAGAAACAAGAAAUCGUUUGGUUUAAUCAUUCUCAUUGUGUUUAAAUGACCUGAUGGUUUUCAUUGUGUAAUGUAGGGGGAAAAGUAAUUGCAAGCAGCAACUGAAAGCAAAACAGAUGGGUUUCACAUUUAAAUUUUGUUUUUCUAUUUAUACAUCAUCUCUGAUCUGAGUUUGAGAGACUGAAGCUCUUGUGUUGGACCGGAAAGAGUUAAUGACAGGACAGUGAAGUCAUGGUUUCUUUUUCUACCUUCUAAUGCCCUUUGUUUGUGAAUGUAUUCAGAUCAGAGGUCCUGUAUGUGACUUAAUCACUGUUGUAAAUGUUCAAAUGUCCAUUUUGUUGAAGUCUGUUAUACUCAGUGUUAUGUUUGUAAUAGUUUUCAGUAGAUAACGGUGCACUCCUGUUGCAGCUGUCGGUUGCAAAACUGUUUUUUUUUCUUCUGGUUUGACAGAAAGUAGUGCUCAUAAGUUUUUAAAAACUCUGGUCAAGCACAUUAUCUGCAACACUUGUACAGAGAAGUAGGGUUUGUAAAUAAACUGAUUGUCUAAAUUGUAUUUUCAUGUUGGUGUAUUUUUUCCUGGACAUUUCAGAGCUGUGCAUGGAGAUGUGGUUGUGUUCACUUGUUUCAAAGCUCCGGUCGAGUGCUGCACAUUAGCCCUGUCUGUCAUUGCUUUUUGGUGCUAUGUUUUUAUUUUUAUAUUUCUUUUGAGAUGGCUGUCCAUUACCAUAAACAUUAUAAAAGGGAUUUUUUAAAACACACACAAAAAUAUUCGUAUUUCUCUUUCUAUUUAACCCAUUGCAUAAAUCUGAUUCCUGACUGAUUUAUCAGUGGGCUCACCCACAUCUUGUCCUUCCUUUUUUUUCAUUAAAUCUAUGAGAGAUCAGCAGCACAAAAGAGGAAAGAUCCUUCCCAAAACAGAAAAAAACAACAACUAUAAAGGCAGUCAGAAAAAAUCCAGCAGUUUCUUUUUUCAAGUUGUGUUGGGUCUUCAUCUCAUGAUCAUGACACUCUGUACAUUGUUGGUGAAAGUGUGCGCAUCAAAGUAUCCUCAGCUCAUAUUUUUGAUUGGUUUCCGAUCAGGCAGCGAUUUUGUAGUGUUUGUUUCUAACAGUUUUUACUUGAAAUUGGCCUUCCUGUCAUGUCUUUAAAGUGGAGCCCUGAAUGCAAAAAUAUGCUUCAUGGUUUCAGUCCCCGCUCACCUGUACCCUCAGUGGUAAGUACACAUUUAAGACUUUCAUUCAGGUGGGGUGACUAAUUGCAUUUUUUUUAAACCUGCACAAAAUCAGGAACUAUCGUCAAUGAGGGGAAUAUGAUACUGAAUUUGAACUUGAUGUGACUGUGCAAUGGAAGUGCACUGUACAGAAAAUUACGACUGCUGCCUCUGCUGCUCUUAUAGAUCCACUUUUCCCACGAAUGACUCCCUUUCUAAUUCUGUUACUCGGUGAGUUGCAAUGCAUGGGUUUCCAAAUAAAUGUUUAAAGGGACAGUCCUCUCAAAUUUUGCUAUACUCUUUCAAAUUUGCUCAAUGUCAUGUGCCUGACCUCAUUGCCUAGCUGUUAAAUCUCUCUGUGCAUAUUGUGAAACAUAAAUUGUUUGAUAUAAAUCUAGUGAUAACGGCCAACAGAUCUAGGAAAUUUGUGCGAACUUUCCCUGUAAACGUGAUGCACCUCUUUGAUGUGUGGAGUAAUCAGACAGCUCGUCUGGCAUCAGUACUUUUUGUUCAUGGUUGUGGAUUUUGAUUUGACUUUCAGAAAUCUGAGACGGAUAAGGAAGUGCCAGAGAGGAUGGGAACAGCUACAACAAGACAGGUUGACCAAGGGCCCCUCAGACAAGUCCCAGGAUGGCAGCAGUGACCUAAAGAUGGAGUGCAUGUUCAAACUCAACUCCUACAAGAUGGUGUACGUCUGCAAGUCAGAAGACUACAUGUACAGACACACAGCACUCACACGGGCUCAUCAGGUAAGCACAGAAAAUAAAAGUCAUGUUUGUACCAUAAUGGAGAAGAAUGUCUGCCUGAUCUAUUAUUAACAGUUUAAGCUCAAUAGACAGAAUGACAGAUGGGAAAUGCUAAACAAGAUGUGGGUAUUUCAAUGUUCUGCAUUUUGACAAUAUUUGCAAGGGUCAUCACGAACAAGCAAUACUGCUUACUAAAUCUAAAUGUUGCGUAUUGAGUUUUUAGCAGGUUAUGAAACAGUCUCUGAAAUAAAAUCUGAUGCAAGAGCCUUGGUUUAAAAUUUGUAAGGUGAUGUGCCAGUCUAUUAAAAGGAGCAGAUACUCCUUGGCAGUGUUGGUAUUUGAUAGAGAACUGAUCCUUAACUUGACCUUUUCCUCCUCAACUAGCUUGUGCUGUGUUAACCAAAUGUAAGAUAACCUUUUCUUUUGAGACAGAUUUUUGCGAAUGGACUUUCAAAAGACUACAAGGCAGGGAUUAAAGUUCUCAAGUUGUUUCAUUCUGGUUGUUGUCUCUUCCAGUCACACCAAAGGGUCCAUACACGCUUGCACCGACGCUUUCAGGCCCGGCUCGACUCCUGGGCCAAGGAGCACGUGACCAGCGACAUGGCUGCUGACAACCACAAGUGGCUGAUGGGAGAGGAUCAGGGGGGCCUGCUGCCGUGUACCACCACCUCUAACCCUGAGGUCCUCCACUAUCUCAACAUUAACAAGUACAGGGUGAAGUACAAAACACUGUAGUGUGUACCCAGGAAAGAUAAACUGUGACGGACUUCACAUACACAGUAGCUUCAUGCAGACUUUGCCCACCUGCUGUCACUGGAUUCAGUCCUCAAUCUUUGGUCUAAUCUUCGGUACAGCCGUCAAUCAACCAGAUUUCUGCAAAUGUUUUAGAUCCGAUUCAGGAAAUAAGUCCUAACUUUCAAGCUCACACUGCAAAUCCUGCAACAGUGAGAAAUAGAUGUUUUAUACAUUUGAAAAAAUGUACUUGUCUCAGUAAUUGCAUAAUUAAAUGUAAGUGAAUUAUAGAGUUUUACAUGAGAAGCACUCCUUAAACUUCUGUGCAGAGCAGGAAACAUUUUUCACACAAAAGUAAGCAUUUCAUACCUACAGCUCAGCAGCUUAACGAUAAAAGUGCUUUUUUAUUCCUUUUUUUUUUUUCUUCUUUUUCUCUCGACCAGCUCAUUAUUUAUCAGGAAAUACAAACAAAAACCUCAGUUUAGUCUCUUCCAAGAACAAGCAACAGUGACUUCAGUCGAAUACUUCUUCAGACCUGCUGAGUCUGGCUCAGCUGUAAACUUCUUUAGUCUGUGAAUGUUUUCUGUCCCGGUGGUGACGGUGCAAUAAGGCACUAUAUAAUAUACGAUAAUUUAUGACCGCCCAUUCACUUUGUGUAAAUAUAUUGUUUAUAUCUAGAUUUUUUUGUUAGAUUUAAUUGAGGUGUAGCGUACAUUAACAAACUCAUAGUAUUGAUCUUCAAAUGGAGUCAGCAGAGAAGUUUAUUCAGGAAAUGCCACAUUUGAACCGUUUCUUCUUUUAACCAAAGGAUGGAUGUUAAUGUGACCUUUUUCCUCUAUGAUCUGUUGAAUGUGUCGCCCCCCCAGUUGAAAACGACACAUUUUCUGUGUUUCAACCUUUUUCUGAGCGUUUCUACCGUCAGUCUUUGGCUUCUGUUUCACUCCUGAUGAUUGAAUGUAGCUGAGCAGCAACUUUUCCCUUUUUUUAGAACAGUUUGUAUCCGUUUGUCAGUGUACUGUGGUCUUUACAGUACAAUCCACUUUUUCUCUUAUUGAAACUUAACCAAAUGGUUAGAGUCUGUGCAGCAGAUUCAGUGGUCACUCAGUGCAUCAAGUUUAAAAACUGUACAGAAGUUGUGUUUAUUUUUUACGCACAGUGUUGACUACAAACACUGACUGUGUAUAGUGUGUCUGUACAUGAAUGUCAACCAUGUGACUUGUGUACAGUUUCAAAGAUUUACAGAACAAGCAAGCAAUAAUUCACCCUGUUGUAGUUUAUAAUAGCUCUCAGUUUGUAUUUCUCGCUGAAAUACAAAUGUGAAUGUGGUUUUCCCUUCAAAGAGGGAUGUAAAGUAAGUAUUUUUAAUGCCUUUUUCUCUCUGCAGUUAGUUUUAAUGAACCCGGACUGGUCCUGUAGAGAUCCAGGGAGAGAUAAACACCACAUUAAAUGCUGUUAAGUGUUCACAAAGGAAAAUUAACAUACAGGCAGGAUUGUUUUCUUUGGAUUAACUUGUGAAUUAAAAAAAAACAGAUCCUUUAAAUUUCAAACAGGCUUAACAUGAACAGGAUAGAUGUAAACACAUCAAAAUGUCGAAGACAGAAGUUUAGAUUUGUGAAAAGAUAAAAAUAAGAAACAUUAUUCAUCCUUCCAACAUUGUCCUGAACUUUUAGACAUGAUGGUCAGUAUCAUAACCAGCUUCAGACAAUCUUGGAACAGUUUAUUAUCGGGUUUUUAUUUUUAUAUUUCCUGUGUUUGACGUUGAUCAACACAGGAAGUCCUGCAGAGCUGAUUGUAUAUAAAAGCAUUGUUUGUACCUCGUUCAAUUUGUCUCUUCUCUUGACUUUUACGAUGUUGUAAAUGAGUGUUAGUACAGUGUUUGGCAUUAAAAGUUCCUUUAAAUACAUGAAAA